GAUGCGUGUUUCCAUGGGCCCAUUCAUUUGUUUCGCUAUCUCGCUGAUCUGUUAUGAAACCACUGGAAAGCAGCUGGGGUCAGCGUUUAGCUUUCCACUGUCAUUUGCAGCCGUUUUACACCAUCUAGAAAACUGCGAACUGACGAUAUAGACCAAGUGAGCGUCCGAAGCUAACGAUGGCACACGACCUGAAACCACUGGCAGAGGACUUCAGACAGAAGAAUAAAAGCUGUUUUAUCCUUGGUGUCUCUGGAGAGACAGGCAAAGAGUUACUCAAAGAGAUUGUGGAGAGGAAGCUCUUCUCGAGGAUCACUGUCAUCGGAAGGCGGCAGCUCACAUUUGAAGGCGAAGCGUAUGAGAACCUGGUGCAGGAGGUGGUGGACUUUGAGAAACUGAAUGACCAUGCUGCAGCAUUCCAAGGGCAUGAUGUUGGCUACUGCUGCCUGGGAACGACCAAAGCCAAAGCAGGGGCUGAUGGAUUCAUCCGUGUUGACCAUGACUACGUCCUGAAGUCAGCGGAGCUCGCCAAGGCAGGGGGCUGCUCACACUUCAACCUCGAGUCUUCUAAAGGGGCUGACAAAACCAGUGGUUUUCUCUAUCUCAAAGUGAAGGGACAAGUGGAGGCAGCCAUUGAGCCGUUGGGCUUCGAGAGGUACUCCAUCUAUCGCCCUGCGGUGCUGAUGGUCGACAGGCAGGAGAGCCGGCCUGCUGAAUGGUUUGCCAGGAAGGUCCUGGGCCCUUUUUCCUCCAUGUUUCCCACAGCGAUGUCCAUCCCCAUCCAAUCAGUGACCAGGGCCAUGGUGGCCAACACACUGAUCCCUGCAGGGGAGAAAGUGGAGAUCCUGGAGAAUAAAGCCAUCUAUGACUUGGGGAAGGCCCCAGAGAAAUGAGGGACAGGGAAGAGGGAAGGUGUGUCUCAAUAGCUUAAUUUCCUCAUCCCCUUUCCUCCAUAAACCACUGAUGUGGUUAUACCGCCACUGGUCUGCCUGGACAUGACAUGUGAGAGCAAUGUCAAGGGAACCCUAUCCAGUCCUUUCACCCAUCAGUGCGAAUGAAGGAAAGGUCUUGAGGAAAUGUGAGUAUAGGGAGCUCAGCCAGAGACUGACGGUGAAGUGUGUUGUGAUGGUGCUUCUUCUUCAUGACUAUAUUUUCUGCUAACAACUUCCUUUGAAAGCAUGGAGGAGGGUUGACGACAAGUAUAAAGUUGAAUUUCUAGAGCAAUACAGAUGGUUAAGCGUUCAAAGCUUUGUUGGCUUCAACUUGAGGUUCCUUUCAACCAUGAUAGUCAACACGGUAGCUAGCUCGAGCUCUGUUUCUCUGGGGAUGAGUCCAAAGGGGGAUGUUUCCUUAUGAAAAGUGCAAUUUUUAAAGCUCUUCAUGGGUAAUGCAAAUAAGAUAUGAUUGGGAAAUUGUGAUGUAAUUAUGAAUACUGAAAUAUGCCUUGUUGUCUUUGUAUCCCAAGUGCUCUUUCCGAGUGCAGACUGUUUUUGUGGUCAACAAGGAGUUCGCUGAAGAGGAAACAGACUGGCACAGAGGCUAGAAUCGGUUUAAUAUAUUAGGUGGAGAGGGAAAUGUAUUGGACUGGUUCUUCUGGGUCCAAAACAGUAACUCCUCAAAAUGGUUUAGUUAGUAGAAGCUCUUCCAUCCAGCCUACAGCGUUCAUGCUAUUUUAUGUAAGACUACAUUCUUAACCACUUUGAAAAAUGAUGCACUUACUUGAAGCAAGAGUUUAUUUUCCACAAUACAACCAUUGGAGAUGGAUUUUAAGGCAAUUUGUCUGACUUGUCUUUGAUUACUUUUGUUUUCUGAGCAAAGCUAAGCAUGUAAUUGAAUCAGGGGUUAUGUUGUACACACUCAUAUUGACUUGGAUUUUUAUACAGGCGUUAUGUAAAUGCUAUGUAUUUAAGUGGUCUAUGCUUCUGUGUUACAUUAAACAAUGAUGUAGUGGGCA